GACAAACGGAGCUCGCAAGCGACACUUGGGGCCAGCGGAGAGAUACAGCCGAGAGCGCGAGAGACCGCCGAAAAGAAAAACGGAAAAAGCCACUCUUCAAAAUCGGCGAAAAGCAAAGAAAAACGAAACAGCAGCAGGUCACAACAAAAAUUGCAACACCGAAAGCGCGCGUGCGCAACACGAUAAGCUAGGAAAAAUCGAGGAAAAAUCACUAGCUGAAUACGCUCACAACUCAAGAUGGCGGCCGUUGAAGUGAGGAAUGGCUAUAAGUACUAUGGCUCCAAAUCGAAUCCCAAGAUUGUGCUCAACCAGCUGAAUAUGAACGUGAUGCGUGGCUCCAUUUACGGCCUGCUUGGCGCUUCUGGCUGUGGCAAGACCACCCUACUCUCCUGCAUUGUUGGCCAAAGGUGUCUCAAUGGUGGCGAAGUCUCUGUUUUGGGCGUGAAACCAGGAGAGCCUGGCAGCGGUGUUCCUGGCUCUCGGGUGGGUUUCAUGCCACAGGAGAUAGCUCUUGUGGAGGAGAUGACUGUCAAGGAGACCAUCUUCUACUUUGGCCGCAUCUAUGGCCUGGAUGAUGACCGCAUUCGGGAGAAAUUCAAGCUGCUCAAGGAGCUGCUCCAGCUACCGCCAGCCACACAGAUGAUCAAGCAGUGUAGUGGUGGCCAGCAGCGUCGGCUUUCCUUUGCCUGCGCCAUGAUCCAUGAUCCCGAGCUCCUCAUUCUGGAUGAGCCCACAGUGGGACUGGAUCCCAUGCUGCGUGAGAAAAUCUGGGAUUUUCUUGUGGAGACUACCAGAAAUAGCAAAUUGGCUGUGAUCAUUACCACUCAUUACAUAGAAGAGGCCAAGCAGGCCAAUUGCAUUGGCCUCAUGCGCAAUGGCGUUCUCUUGGCGGAGGAUACACCCACCAACAUUAUGAUCAAGUUUGGCACUCAGUCCAUUGAAGAUGCCUUUCUUAUACUGAGUCAGCGUCAGGGCAAUGAGGAUGAGCUGGCCCAGAUUAUGGAUCACAACAAGAACCAGGCCUUGCCCACGGCUGUCCUGCCGCCUGAGGUCAUAGACACUCAUGAGCUGACAUCGCCCGAAAAACCACCAAUACCUUUUGAAGAGCCUCCAAACGAGAACCGCAAGAAGGUGUUCUUUACCACCAAGGGCAGGGUGAAGGCCCUGAUGACCAAGAACUUUGUGCAAUUAUUCAGGCAGCCAUCGGGCAUUAUCUUCAUGCUAUUAUUUCCCAUUAUCCAAUUGACUUGCUUUUAUCUUGCCAUUGGCAAGACUCCCACGAAUCUGGAGAUUGGCGUUUACUCCGGCGAGGUGGAGAGCUAUGGAGAGUGCUUCAACGACAGCCUGGUCACAGUUUAUCACGACGAGGACACUGAGCUCUGUUCGUUUCACAAGCUUUCCUGCCGAUAUAUACGAGAACUAGGCGAUGAUGUGGCCACCAGAAAGUACUAUUCCAGUGAGGCAGAUGCCCUUAGAGAUGCCAAGAAAGCCAUGACCGUGGGCUAUCUGUAUUUUGCUCAGAAUUUCAGUGACUCGAUAUCGUCGGUGCUGGAGGAUGGCAUUCGUGCCACCGAUGGGGCCGUGGACUUUGCCGAGCUGAGCAUUCACAUCGACAUGACAGAUCAACAAGUGGCUUACUUCAUGCAACGCAAAUUGCGCGACAAGUUCACCACCUUUAUGCGCAGCGUUGUCCGGGAUUGUAAUGUAUCCUCAGCCAUUGUGGAUUUGCCUGUGCAGUUCCAGGAUCCCAUAUUCGGCAGCACGGACAUUGAAUUCCAGCAGUAUUGUGCUCCUGGUGUGGUAAUGACCAUGGUCUUCUUUUUGGCCACCUUGAUGACGGCUGCUGUGUUCAUUUCGGAGCGGAUGGAUGGUAUUUGGGAUCGCACUCUUCUGGCAGGUGUUUCGGCCACGGAAAUGCUCUGGGCUCAUCUCCUGACUCAGUUGAUUAUUAUGGCCCUGCAGUCUUUUGAGGUUAUUAUGUACAUUGGCCUGGUCUUUGAUACCUACAACAAUGGGGAUACUCUGACGCUUAUAGGGUUGCUCACUCUGACGGCCUUCUGUGGCAUGUUGUUUGGUCUCUUCAUAUCCGUCUUUUGUAAAUCGCAUACGGAGGCCAACUUUGUGGCCACUGGAGCCUUCUAUCCCAUGAUUAUUCUCUGUGGACUCCUUUGGCCCCUGGAGAGCAUGCCGCAGUUCCUGCAGGACCUGGUUAUGGUGCUGCCCUUCACCAUACCCUCCAUAUCGGCUCGAAAUGUGAUCGAAAAGGGUUGGGGCAUCACCAAUGCCAAGGUCUACAAUGGUUUUCUGGUCAUGACCGGCUGGACGAUCAUCUUCUUUGUGCUCUGCCUGAUUGGCAUCAGACGCAAGGCGUAGAUUUCAGUUCUUGGGUUAUUCUUUAAUUAUCGGGGGCCUUUCACACACACACACACACACACACCUAGUUGUAGUUGUAUUAGCAUUUUAAAUAGGCGAUUUUACGUGCAUAUCGUUUGUAAUUUAAUAAUUAUCGGAAGCAUAUCACUCGCAUGUUGUAGACUCUCAUCACACACAAAAAAAAAGAAGGGAAAUCACAUUCAUACCAACGAAUCGUAAAGCGUUCUUGGACAGUCUUAACUCAAAAGGUGCUAGGACUGUACUUAAAGAAUGCCAUAAGGUCUUAAGGGUGUCUCACAAAAAAUAUUUAUAAUACACAGCACAGCAGCAUAUAUAUUGUACCCAUUGACAACAAACCAAUUUCGUAUUUAAAAAAAUGAUUGUGAAACAUACUAAACUUAGUACAAGUUGUACAUUUAAACCCACAUUUUAAGCUAAGAUAAUCCGUGGGAGAAAAAUGGUAAAACUUUGAAAAAGUCUUGUAUACUAAAAUGAGGAAUUGUUAGAGCGAAAUUUUAAAUCAACCAAAAAUACCAAUUUAAAUAAAAUGUGUUUAAAAUAA